AUGACCGCUCUUCUGACCGUCGUGCUCGACGAGCUCAUCUACCCGGAAACACCGCAUCACUCGUUCAACAUUGCCGACGAGAUGAACGAGAGGAACAAGGUGUUCAAUGAGACGCCGAUGCCACCCGAGAGCUUGCUCCUCCGAUCCGCCAACGUGGUUAUCGAUCAAGUGUUGCAAGUGAAGCCAUACUCGCGGAGCAAAAAGUGGGUCAUGGACUUUUUCGUUGUUGGUGAGUGCAUAAAGUUUAGUUUGCGCGACAAGUGAACAAUAACAAAAUGAUUUUUCAGAGCCGCUCGAAUUUCUGACGUACGGCUUCUUUAUGAACCGCAUUCACACGCUUUACGAGACGCUCGAGAAGAAACUCAUGAAAACAGUACCUCGAAGAUUUGUGGUUGUGACUAGAAGAAACAAAAUAUCGAUAAUCCUAAACGAUCAAACGAUAAAUGUACUGCAUCCGCAAGGAAUCGAAUGGGCGACGGAUUGGCAGCACCAGCUUGUGAGAUUGGCGUUUCUCAAAAACAUUGACCUCAUCAAAGUAUCGUAUUGUGGUGAGCGUUUAGAAAUGACGACGGCCGGCUGUAAUUUUUCCCUUACAGACGCCGAUUUCGCGUUCCUGACAGGACGCAUGAACGAACUUUUGAGCACGUUCACAAGAGUGGAGACUCCACCCGGAUGGGUGCCCGAGAACGGACAGAAAACGUAUCGAAUGUUUGACACCUCGGCACCACCCAGCAAUUGUAAAAGGACGUUCGACGCGAGACCUAGACCGAACCUUCCACCAAAUUUCUGGGGAUACGUUGUUUGA